CCAGCCCAGCGCCGAUGAGUGCCAGGGCGCCCAAGGAGCUGAGGCUGGCGCUGCCGCCGUGUCUCCUCACCGGACCCCCCGGCGCAGGCGGCGGCGGCGGCGGCGGCACCUGCAUCACGCAGGUGGGACAGCAUCUCUUCCAGUCCUUUUCCUCCACGCUGGUGCUGAUUGUCCUGGUCACCCUCAUCUUCUGCCUCAUCGUGCUGUCCCUCUCCACCUUCCACAUCCAUAAGCGUAGGAUGAAGAAGCGGAAGAUGCAGAGGGCUCAGGAGGAGUAUGAGCGGGAUCACUGCAGCGGCAACCGCGGCGGCAGGGGGCUGCUCCAGUCCGCGGGCGGCCAGGCUCCGACCCACGCAAAAGAAACCCGGCUGGAGAGGCAGGCCCGGGACUCUGCCUCCUGCGCCCCUCCCGACGCUUCCUCCUCCUCGUCCGCUGGCCUGCCGUGUCGGGGGCCCUGUGUUCCUUCGCCUCCACCACCGGCCCCCAGUCCGCAAGGAGCACAGGCAGCCUCCUCCUGUUUGGACACAGCUGGCGAGGGCCUUUUGCAAACGGUGGUACUGUCCUGAUUGUCUAGUCCCUCUUCUUCCCUUCCUCGUUUCCAGCAUCUUUGCGGUCCUUGCUUUCUUUCCUCCGGCCUUCCUCUUCCACUUUCCUGUGGCCUCUCUUCCUCCUCCUCCUUUCCUUAUUUUUCCUCCCUCUACUCUGUUUCUCCUCCGCCGAGGCACUGUGCGGUAUUUGUAAAUAUUGGGCGAGGAAAGUCUCGGAAGAAGAAAUAACGCUGAUAACAAUACUUUAUUAUUAAUAUUUAUAGUAAUUAUUAUAAUACUAAUAACACGAUCCAAGCGCAUGACAAAUCACAUAAUUUCUCAUUGUCAAUGAAGAAUGCGUCUUCCCCCUCCAUCCUGAGCCCCCCACAAUGAGGAGGAGAAACCACACAAGCUACCAAACAUGUAAAAGUCAUUGACUCAGAGCAAAGGGAGUGGAAGGGGCCCGGUGUGUUGUACAUAGCUGUCAAGUUAAGGUUCAGUUAGCUUUGUUACCCUCCACCCCCAAUGCUUUCACUUUUCCUUUAGCUUCCCUCCUUCCCCCGUUACCACUUUCAGCCGGGCUCAGUCAAUAGUAUAUUAUAAAGAAAACGUAUUCACUAAGCACCAGGACUACAGAGGCCACAGAGAUAGCCCCAGAAAAACGUUUAUGACAGGUACCACUCUCCAGUCAACCCUCUUCUCACCUUUAAGUCAACCGUUCUCUUUCCUAGGACCAGGCAUUUUAAUUUACUUUUAGAAAUGUCCCUCGCUGGCCGAGCAUAAAUAUAUUAGAGAUCUUUAAAUGAGUUAUAAAAAGGAAAAGAAAUAAUCUACUGUUUUAGCUCCCUGCCCCAUCCCCACCUGUACACCUUUGACUCGUGGCGUUUUCAGGAUUCACGAAGGAUCCGGGAGCUGUCCAGCCAGGUCUGGUGCUGAGAUUGUCUCACAGAACUGGUUACUUUCUUUGGUUGUGCAGGCGGAGGAGGGGCUGUUUUGGAUACUGACUAUUCUAGCUUUUUGUUGGUUUCCUCUUUUUCUAUGAUCGGGUUUGCGUGUACUAUUGGUUUUCUUAUUAUUAAUCAUUGCAUAAGUUACCAUUUUUGUAAAAAAAAAGUAUUAGGUGAUGUGCAGUACUGAAAGUGCAGUAUCUAACCAACCAGAAUGUUUAUGUUUAAUUUUUAGAACAAGUGCAUCUUUGUUAUAUAUUUAUUAUACUGGUACCAAAUACAGAAGCAAACUAUAGUUCUGUACUACAUCCUUCAAACUGUAUAUUCCUGUUCUUAAUUUCAAGCUGUUGAUAUAAUGGUUACCACUGGAUGAAGAAUUCAGUGGUGCAGGCCUGGCUUCUGCUGUUUCCAGAAGUGUUCUUUUGUACCUUACUCUGUUGUAGACUGUUAUAAAAAGAUGACACAUAUGUUUUCUUAUUUCUUUUGCGAAUAACAGAAACAACCACAACAGAAAACAAACAAUGGAUGUGCAGGAAUGCCAUCUAUUAAAACAUGGUUAAUAUUUAAACAGUGCCUGUAGUCCUCCCUGCAUGCAGUUACCACCUGGAGGCAGUGGUGUGUGUGCUUGCUUGUACUGUAUGUGUUUGAGGGUGGGACUGGUGGGGAUGUUGGGCAAUUUGGAUGACAGGACAUGCAAAUUUCAAGAGAAGUUAAACCCAACUUCUUGUAGGAUAAAAAUGUUUGCAGCUUGUUUAGUUAGAAAUCUGUGUCUGUAUCUGAGAUGCAGCAAAAGAAGGGCUCUCUUUCUCUUUCUCAGUCUGGCUUACCUAACUUCACUGAAUGCAUGAAGGAAAAGUAAGAAAAAAGAAAGUGAGAGAAAAAUAUCAAUGUUUUGGUUCUCUCUCCUAAUGCUAGACAAGGCCAGCUGUGUCAGAAAUGGUGUCCACCUAGGGUUCUUUACCACUUUGUUUCCCUUGGGUUGAUGAUAGAAGGGGCAAGAAGCAUAUUAUAGUCUCAGUCAUAUGCAUUGGCAUCCUUUCUUGGGAACAGAUUUGGAAAAUGUAUGAAUAAGAACGUUCUACAAAAAGCUCAACCAAAAGAGUCCUUACUCACCUGCAAGAUGUAAGGCAAUGAUGCCCCUAAGUGCAUCCCUCUCCCCAGGAACUAGUAGUUCCAGAUUCUCUGUCUUGGUUCUAGGCAUAUAUGCUCUUAUCCAGAGAAAAUAUUACCUCUGAGGUUUUAGGUCGUCUAUUAAAUUGCCCAAACUCAGUCUGCACCUUUUAUAACAAUAAUUUAAUAAGCUAAAUUUUAACCACCCAUUAGAUGCUCAAAUCCUUCCUGAAGCACAGAGGGUCAUCAUUUAAGCAUGCCAUGUUUUAAUACAAAAGGAAGACCAGGUGUAAUCUUUGGGUAUAAUAUAUUAAACAAUGAACCAGAUUCUCUCCAGUGCCUUAGUCACUUCCUAGUAAUAGAUAAAAGAGUGCAUUAACUCCCUCAGGCCACUAGGGAAUCCUUUAGUGCAUCAGAGCUCUACACUGUACAUCAGAAUGACUAAGGCACUGUAAAGAAAAAAGUCCAUUAAUUUCUGUAGCUCACUGUCAUCUAGCUGUAGUUCUUUAAUACAUUAUUACAGAAUGACUUAAGGGACUGAAAAUUUGAAUAGAAUUAGGGAGUCAGAAGGGAGCUUCCUCAUUUCCAAUGAGCUCCACUAAGUGCAUAGAUAUCACUUUCUCCCCCUUAUUUGGUGCACUUUUUACAGUGAAUAAUUUCCCAUUUUAUUAAAGCAAUAAGAUGUUCUGUUGUGAGCAGUGCUGGAUGAUGACUCCAUUUCCUUGGUGCUGAAGCUACUCAUACAUUUUUGCCUUAUGAAUCAUAGUGCAUUCAAGGCAUGCAAUAAUAAUCCCCUUUCAAGGAGCAGCGUGUACACUCUAGGGGGGUAAUUAUGAAAUUGUCCUAUAUAAUUUUUCCCCAAAGGAAUAGAGAAAACAAGAGAUUUAAAAACUCUGUAUAUUGUUUUAAAAGAUCUUGAUACUUCUAAACAUGGGUACAGAUCCGUAAUAUGCUCUUACUGUGCACCUUUAAAUAUGUAUGCCUUUCUCCAUUAAUUAACUAUGGUUUAAUAUUUUUAAUAGUGCUUUAUGUAAAGAUGAUGUAGCUUGUGAGUCAAAUUUUGUGCUGAGUUAAUAAGCUCAGAACUCUAAGCUUCUGGUGGUAUCACUUGAGAUUUUUUAUGAGAUAGGGAAUUACAUGAAAUUCUAGUAAUGCCAGUCCCCACACCAAAUUAUUGCAAUAAGCACAUAUCCAAGCAAAUUUCACAGACCCUGUUUAAAGCCUUGCUUCUUACAGGGCUCAGUUGGUAGUCUCAGGAGUUUGGGAUGCGACCAACAGGGCAUUUUUGGAUUUCAUUUUAUAUGAAACAAAAGGCAAUCUGGAAAUAGAUAAAUUUAUUUUAAGGAUUUUAUUCACUGAUGUCCCGUCAAACUAAUUGCUUCAAAUCCCUAUAGCUACAGCUCAACUUCUACACUUGCAUUCAGUAUUCAUAAGGUGGCAUGCUUGAUUCUUAUUGUUUGUAAAAACAAGAAAAUUGGAGAGAGAAUACCAUUAUGUCAACUGUAUGGGACUCUGAAUCUUCAAGAUGUAGAUGCAUAUAAUCUUCUUUAGAAUUUAUAUACACCCAUAGAUAUGUAUUUAUAUAUGCAUACAUUUUGUACAAAUUUACAAUGGACUUUUUGUAUUCUCUUUUCUGUCAUUACAAGAAUGAGAUGGAAACCAAAUAGUUGUUCCAUCCUCUUAUCCAGAGACGAUACUGAGAAGUCAGGUAUAUGCAUGCACUUAUUUCCCUGGAGUUAAAUCUGAAUGACUUUCUCUUUACUUCAUGAAAGGGGAGAGUCGUGUUUGGCUCGGGGGAAUUGGUAAUUAGAUAGCUUCUUUUCCUAAUUAGUGACUUAAAUGUAGCAAUGAUAAUGACAUUUAUGGCCAUGUCUGUGUGGUCUUAAUAUAUAGAUGGAAAGCAAAAGUACAUAGAAGAGAUUUAGGGUCAUUUAGACCACAAAACUGGACUAUGCUCGAUCUUAAAUUUUCAACCUAUACGUGGUGUGGAGAUACAGCUUAUAUCUGCAAACUAAAGGUAAAGUGAAAAUAUGACCAUUUUCUGUUUAAUUUGUUAAGUUGUUUUUGGAAACUAUGGAUAAACUAGCUUUAAACAAAAAACUUUGGCAUCUGACUUUUACACUGUUUCUAUCUAUAUCAAUUGAAUUAAUUAGAUAAAGAUUGAAAUUCCAUUUCCAUUGUGCAGACACUCUUUAAAAGCUUUUCUGUGGGUGACAGUUGAGCAAUUGCUAGCUGAUGUUGUGUGGAAGUUAUAGAUAUUAUGUGGAAGUUAUAGGUUAAAUCAGAACCAGAAACUUAAUUUGGUCAGGCUUCUCAGGUCCAUUCCUGUGUGAAUCUGGACUUUGAGUCUAAAUCUGAAAAGCCGCUUAUCUGGGCCAUCCUUGUUUGGAACUAGUGAUUGUGGCUCAUAGAUGUUUUAGUUCACAUUAUAAUAAACUGAUCUAUUUAUAGAGGGGUAUUUAAUCAUUGGAUUGAACGUAAGUCUUAAUUCUGAUUUAGUUUUGAUUUAUUUGAUAACUUUUGAGAAACAGCUUUGAUUACUUGAAAUUAAUACUUAUUACCGUCACCAACCUCAUAAUACAGUUGGUGCCAUUUAGGAACGCUUAGCUAAGAAUAAGAGUUUCAUUAGCUUUAACUGGGGACAAUGUCUUAUCAAGGUGGGUCUACCUGUUUGAGACAGGUGCAUGCAAUUUCAUUGGGUCGUUUCUAUAGAGAGAUUAACAGUAACAAUAAUGAUGACAAGAGUAGCAACAGAAAAAAACUGAUUUUGGACCUUGAGUAUAUCCAAUAGACAGAAUAAAAUAGAUACUAGAAU